AACAUGGAGAAGAGCGGAAACAUAAGUAGGUUCCAAAAAAGUAGGACUUUCUGCCAUAAAAAAGAAAAAGGAAAAAAAAAAAUUCUUAUCCAUGGCGGUGUCACUGAACCACUGCUGCUACAAUCUUAACCAUCGUCUCCGUUCUCAUUCUCUCUCCUCCACUUCAUCGUUCUUCCCUAUUUCUAUCUCCUCUUCUUCCAACAAAAAAUCCAGAAUUCCCAAACUCAAUAAAUCUUGUCAAAAUUGCAAUUUCAAAUUCUCCCGGCAAAAUUUUGUGAUUCCUCCGAUUUUCAUGCUUGCUCUUUUUGACAGACCUCCUGAUACCCAAACCUUCUUGGUUACCGUUAGCGUAUUGGUCGCCAUUACUCUCUCUCUGUUCCUUGGCCUUAAGGGGGAUCCUGUUCCGUGUGAGCGAUGUGCAGGAAAUGGGGGUACAAAAUGUGUGUUUUGCAACGAUGGUAAGAUGAAGUCAGAAAAAGGACAGAUUGAUUGCAAAGUCUGCAAGGGUGCAGGGAUGGUACUAUGCAAGAAAUGUGCCGGAUCUGGAUAUUCCAAGAGGCUAUGAGGUGUAUAAAGCUUGCUAUUUAAUUUGCUUCUGCUCACGGAAAAGAUGGUGUAAUAUUAGUUAUGAUAUUCUAGAUUGUGAUGAACUGUGUAACCCUAUUUAAUACGGAGUAUCAUUCUACUUCAUACUCACUUUUAAGUAACGUCGCAAAUUAAAAGGGUCAAGAUCAUUUGUAAUGUUAUGCCUAUUAACAAA